UUGUACAUCAUUAGACCAAAAUCGUUGUUGGAAUCUCUGGAUGAUGGCUUCUCAACGCGGAAAACGGAAACUCGAAGUACCACAUGCCCCUCCAAGGAAGCCUCAAAUUCUACUCGCUGCUUGCGGAUGUUUGGCUGCUGAGCAAUUUGCACUCCUUUGCAAUUAUUUCUUAGAGUGGGCAGAAGUUAGAACAGUUGUAACAAAAGCUGCUCAGAAAUUUGUUAAAGUUUCUGAUAUUCCCCAUACUGUGCCUAUAUAUACGGAUGAAUAUGAAUCGUUUAUUUGGAAAAAAUUGGGUGAUCCAGUUGUUCACAUUGAACUUGCUAACUGGGCUGAAAUCUUGGUCAUUGCCCCCUUAUCAGCAAAUACUCUUUCAAAGAUUGUUGCUGGGUUUAGUGACAAUUUACUGACAUGUAUUGUAAGAGCUUGGGACUACAGCAAGCCAGUGUUUGUUGCAACAUCCAUGAACACUUUAAUGUGGAAAAACCCUUUUUCAGAAAGGCAUUGCAUCGCCAUUGAAGACCUUGGCAUUAAUUUAGUCCCCCCGCCUUCCGGGAAUAACCCAGAGAUGGCUGAUCCCGCGGUGAUUUACUCCACUGUGAGGCUCUCCUAUGAUUCAAAUAUGAAGAAGGGACAGGGUGCGGUUUAG